AAAAUUGGAGACAAGAAGAAAAUUGAUUUUGGCGUUUAAUUUCUUCAGUUACAUUUAAUCCAUGAUGAGCGACGUGGGUCGAAAUUCAUCGGUUAUUCAAUUGAAUGUUAGUAAUUAUGAAACCCUUCAUUGCAGGCGGUCAUCCAAACGCACAAAAACAGACUGGAUAAAGCGCAUCUUCAUCAUCAUCAAGGUUAUAAAUUGAUGCCCAAACGCACAAAAGCAAAUAGGGAGGGUCCCAUCCAACCCAAUCAGAUUGAUGUCCAUUCCCGCUUUUAUGAUUCCUCCAAAUCAAAUCAAACUCUAUAUCCAAACACUUAUGCAAAUCAGGGUUAUAAGUUGACUCAGGGUUUCAAUUGCAUCUUUCGCCUACUCUACAUCGUUUAAGGAUGCAGAGCCGCCGUUGAAAACUAUAUGGAUUAAUUUAAAUUAGUGAAGACCAACGGAGCUUGAAAGUGAUUUUCUAAUUUAACUCGGUUUCAUCAGUUAUUCAUCAAUCGAAGUUAGCGGUUAGGGAAGAUCAAACGUAUUCCAGAGUUUACGUUUUUGCGUUAUAUGAAUUUGAUCGAAUGCCUUUUCUCGAACAAAAUCAUUAUACUCCGGUCAAGCCAUUGACUGUGUCGGCUGCGGUCUCUCACUUCUUUGAAGAACGAGGAGAUCUUUGGAAAAUCCAAGAGAAAUCUUGACCAGAAACAAAAACACGAGAAGCGGGUUGUAUUAGAAACGAUAGUUGGCCUUUUACCAAGAGGAAAAACCACAAUAUCAAUAAGCUUUCUUUCAAUGCUGCUUCGGGCUGCCAAAUACCUAGACACAGCAGUUGCAUGCAGACUAGAUUUAUAGAAAAGAAUGGGCUUACAACUCGGGCAGGCGGUUUUAGAUGAUAUAUUAAUUCCUUCUUGUUGCUUUGAUGGUGAUACAAUGUUUAAUGUUGAUACAGUUCAACAAAUCAUGAUAAAUUAUUUUGAAUAUAAUUCUACGGGUUUGGAUGACGUAAACUUCGUUUCGCCAUUACAAAGUGACGAUGAGAAUGUCGCGAAGCUAAUGGAGAGUUUUCUUGCUAAAAUAGCUUCUGAUCGAAAUUUGUUGGUUUCAAAAUUUAUCAGUUUUUUCUGAAUGUAUUCCAGUCGAGGAUGGAAUGUAUAGAGCUAUUGAUACUUACUUGAAGGCUCAUCCAGCUAUUAGUGACAUGGACCGCAAGAAAGUGUGCAGCUUAAUGGACUGUCAAAAGCUAUCGUGUGAGGCCCGUGCCCAUGCAGCCCAAAACGAAAGGCUUCCGGUUCAAACAAUGGUUCAAGUUCUUUACUAUGAACAGCAACGGUUAAGGGAAAUGGAAUGCAGCCCGAUCAACAGUGAACCUCAAAACAUGGUAUUAGAUGAUAUCUCGAGAUUAAAAAAAAAAGAAGAGAACCAAGAGCUCAAAUUUGAGCUUAUUAAGUUGAAAACGCGACUUAAAGAAAUCGAGAUGUCGAAUGCCAAUAAACCAAGUGUCAGCAAUGCUAUUGGAACCACUGCUGCUAAACCACCAUUGCCUGCUAAGCCACCAUUUUGUUAUAUUUUAUUUUUAGUUGGUUCGGUUCAUUCAGCUUUGCCACACGCCAUAGCUAAAACUAAACUGUAUUCCUCUGUUAAUCGGUUAUGGCUUGACCGAAUUAUCGGUUAAUUGUUCGGUUUGGUUAAGGUUGGUUUAAUUCGGUUAUAUGCUCACCCCUAGAACAUACAUAUACUUGUAAUACUAAAGUAGUCUACUAGACUUUCUCUGCA